AUGGCCGGCGCGGGGACGGGAGCAAUUUUCGCUCGAGAGGGAAUGCACGCGGAGGGGAUUCCGGGGACGGAAUUGCGCGCGCAUGGGAGGAUGGCUGGCGCAGAAGGAUUGGGGGAAUUUCCGCCGGUUGCGGAAGCCCGCGAGGGGGGCGGGGGGGCCGCGGGGAGCGAGUGGUCCGCGGAGAAAUACCGCGACUUCGUGGAGAGUAUCGUGGAGGAGAGCGCGCGAAUGGCGGAGCAGCAGCGCGGGGAGGGCGGAAAUUUGGGGAGCGGGAAUUCGCAGCAACAUCAUCAAAGAACGCAACACAUGCAAGGUCAAAGCAGGCCGCGCAAACAACGGGCGGGAGGUGGAGGGGCAAUUAACGGAAGGAGCGCAACAGGGGGGGCGCAUGUUGCCGCUGCUCCGUCGGGCGCGAACGGCGAAACUGGUAACGGCGAUUCUUCGCAGGCUGCUGCGCUGGCUUCGGUGUUACAGUUUUUCGCGGACUCGUUGGCGCAACACGAGGGGGGCACGGCGGAGAUUCCGCCGUCUCCGUCAAGCAGCGCGCAGGCCAAAGCGCGCUCGCCGCGCGCCACGUCAGAUCCCGCGGGAUGCGCGGCUCCGCAGGACCGUGGAGGCGCAAGCGGCGGCGGAAAUUGCGCCGCGAACGGCGCUGGUGGUGCGGAAUGCGCGAGCGCGUUGAGCGCGGAUGCGACAGGCGGCGCGGCGGAUGCAGCGCGGGCAGCGGAGAAUUCGUUUGGCGGAAGUAAACCCGACGAAAUGCGCGACGGAAGCGCGGAGUUAUUUGACUUCGGAAAUUUUCGUCCCCCCGCGCCCCAACCUCCCCCCUGCGCGCCCCCAUCAGUCCCGCCUCUGCUUUCCCCCUGCGAGAAUCACCUCAACUCCAAACACAUACCUGCCCGAAAUACUGCCCCGAUUUCUGCCCCGGGCACAAGGAAAUUCGUGCUCGUGGGGGCUCCAAACCCCCCAGCCGCCCCUCCUGCUGCUGCUGCCGCUGCUGCUGCUACUUCACCUUUUUCUCCCGGGAACCCUAAUCCGACAACCAAAACAGGGCCCCUCGCUCCCCCUUCCCCGCUCGCUCCCCCUUCCCCGCUCGCUCCCCCUUCCCCGCUCGCUCCCCCUUCCCCGCUCGCUCCCCCUUCCCCGCUCGCUCCCCCUUCCCUUCUCGCUCCCCCUUCCCCGCUCGCUCCCCCUUCCCCGCUCGCUCCCCCUUCCCCGCUCGCUCCCCCUUCCCUUCUCGCUCCCCCUUCCCCGCUCGCUCCCCUUCCCCCACUUGCUUCCCCUCCCCCGCUUGCGGGAAAGCGGGUGAUGCCACGACACGGUGGGGCUACGAAAGGGGGUUGGAAGGAGGACUUUAUAGUGAGUGGUUCGGAGCAUGGUUUGUGGCUGUCGAGCCUGACAGAUUUCCAAACCAAGAAGCUCGAGGAGUGGUUCGGCACGGACCUGAACCCGUCUCCGGAGCAGAGGGCGAGCGUCGGCAAGAAUCUCGGGCUGCUGCCACAGCAGGUACGCUCUAGCAACAACAGAUUGAGUCCAUAUCUUUCUGCAACAACAGCAACGAUCAGCAGCACAUUUCCUCUCUCUCUUGUUCUCUCCCUCCUCCCCUUCUACUCCCCUUCCCCCCCCCCACCCUCUUCCCCACCUCCAGAUAUCCUCCUGGUUGCAUCACCGUCGCCUGCAACACACAGUGCAGCAGCAGCAGGCAGAGCUCGAGUCCCUCCGAUCAGCCUUCUCCCAUUUAUCGCCUCCUGGUUGCAUCACCGUCGCCUGCAGCACACAGUGCAGCAGCAGCAGGCAGAGCUCGAGUCCCUCCGAUCGUCCUUCUCCCGCCUACAAGCAUCAGCGAGUGGCAUGAGCGGGGAUUAUGAGCUUCUUCAGGCGGACUAUUUUGCUCUCUUGGACAAGAAGGAAGAGCUAACCAGCAAGGCUGACUAUUUCCCUCUCUUGGACAAGAAGGAGGAACUCACAUGCAAGGUGAGAUACGGGGGGUGGUGUGGGAUGACAAGGAGUGUGGUGCGGUGGAGUGGCAUGAGCGGGUCAAGUGGCAUGAGUGCGGACUAUGAGCUGCUUCAAGCGGAUUACCCCACUCUCCUGGAUAAGAAGGAGGAGCUAACCAGCAAGGUGAGGGGUGAUAAGGGGUGCAGUGCGGUGGAGUGCGGACUAUGA